AUGGGGGAACCAGAGAAACGUUCUAUCGAUGAGGAGAGCACUGGCACCGAGGAGAAGGUUGUCGUGCAAGAUGACUCCCAGUACCCGUCAGCAAAGAAAGUUAUCCCCAUCAUGAUAGCACUUUACUUAGUUGUGUUCCUUAUCGCUCUGGACCGAACUAUUAUCGCUACCGCUAUCCCGAAGAUCACAGAUCAGUUCCAUUCCAUUCAAGAUAUUGGCUGGUAUGGUAGCAGCUAUUUACUCACUGGAUGCUCCUUCAUGCUACUCUUUGGCAAAUUUUACCAGCUUUACUCCCCCAAAUGGGUCUACCUCAUUGCGAUCGUGAUCUUUGAGGUCGGCUCAGCAGUGUGCGGCGCAGCUCCUAACUCAACAGCCUUUAUCAUUGGCCGAGCUAUUGCCGGGCUUGGUUCGGCUGGUGCCUUCUCAGGGACUGUAAUCAUCAUCGUCCAUAGUGUUCCCUUGCGCAAGCGGCCGAUGUACACUGGUUUGAUGGGCGGUAUGUUUGGUAUUGCUUCCGUUGCUGGCCCUUUACUUGGUGGCUUGUUUACCGACAAAGUCACUUGGAGAUGGUGUUUUUACAUCAAUCUUCCCAUUGGAGCCGUUACCUUGGUCAUCGUUACUUUCCUCCUCCGCAUCAACAUCCCUCGAAAGAGCACAGCAAGCUUGACGCUGUACCAACAAUUCCUCAAAUUGGACCCCUUAGGCACUCUUUGCUUCAUGCCGAGCGUUAUUUGCCUUCUCCUUGCCCUCCAGUGGGGAGGCACAACAUACCCUUGGUCAAGUGGGAGAAUCAUUGCGCUGUUUGUCGUUUUUGGCAUCCUUCUCAUUGCCUUUAUCGCCGUCCAGAUCUGGCGCAAGGAGGAAGCAACCGUCCCACCCCGCAUAUUCGUCCAGCGCAGUGUUCUUUCCGCCUUCUGGUUCACAAUUUGUCUUGGCUCCUCGAUGAUGACGAUCAUUUACUACCUCCCGCUCUGGUUCCAAGCUAUCAAAGGUGUUAGCGCUGUCAAAUCUGGCAUUAUGAACCUCCCCAUGAUCUUAUCCCUAGUCAUUGGAGUGAUUAUGAGCGGAGGGUUAGUCACGGCAAUUGGAUACUACGCCCCCUUUAUGAUCGGCUGUUGCGUCCUUUCAUCCGUGGGUGCCGGCCUCUUAACCACCUUCCAAACCGACACUGGCCACGCAAAAUGGAUUGGUUACCAGGUUAUCUACGGCAUAGGGUUGGGAAUGGGUAUGCAACAGGGCUCUGUCGCAUGCCAGACAGUCCUGUCCAAGGUCGACGUUCCAAUAGGCUCCUCUUUGAUUUUCUUUGCUCAACAGCUCGGCGGAACGAUCUUUAUUUCAGUCGCUCAAAACAUCUUCACAAAUAAACUUACCUCCGGGCUCCAGCAUAUCCCCAGCCUCGAUGCAGCCAACCUUGCUCAGGUUGGCGCUACCACUAUCCGUGAUCUCGUUAAAGAUCCAAACACUCUCAGGCUGGUAUUGGAAGUGUAUAACGACUCAGUGGUCAAAACUUACUACAUUGCCCUGGCAAUGUCCUGCGUUGCCAUUCUUGGUGCGCUCACUAUUGAGUGA